UAUAUAUUCCACCCCCACCCUGUUACCCUCAAUUUCCAUUUAUUUCUCCCUUCAAUUCAAUCCCAACUAAUUCAAACUCAGAUGGACACAACGAGCUCUUUAGACGACAGCACCGCCAGCGACUCCACCUCCGUUUCUCCCGUCACCCCAUUACUCUUCCACUCCUCCUCCUCCUCCUCCCCCCCCGGAGUACCCUACGACGCCGAAUCCCGGAAGCUUCCAUCUUCCCGUUUCAAAGGAGUCGUCCCUCAGCCCAACGGCCGAUGGGGGGCUCAGAUUUACGAGAAGCACCAAAGGGUCUGGUUGGGCACAUUCAACCAGGAACACCAGGCCGCCAAAGCCUACGACAUCGCCGCCCUUCGCUACCGCGGCCGCGACGCCGUCACCAAUUUCAAGCCCGGCGCCUUCUCUUCCGUCGACGCCGCCUUUGAGGCUGACUUUCUCAACUCCCACUCCAAGCUCGAGAUCGUCGACAUGCUCCGCAAACACACCUACAAUGACGAGCUCCAGCAAAGCAAGCGAUACGGUGGAGGAACGACGACGACGGCGACGGCGACGGCGGCGGCGCACUCUCUCCACAACGCGGCGUCGGAGUCGGACCGGGAGGUGCUGUUUGAGAAAACCGUGACGCCGAGCGACGUGGGGAAGUUGAACCGGCUGGUGAUUCCGAAGCAGCACGCGGAGAAGAAUUUUCCAUUGGGGGAAGGGAUGGGUUCGGCCAAAGGAGUACUCCUGAAUUUCGAGGAUAUGGGAGGGAAGCUGUGGCGGUUCCGGUACUCGUAUUGGAACAGCAGCCAGAGCUAUGUGUUGACCAAGGGGUGGAGCCGGUUCGUAAAAGAGAAAACCCUCAGAGCCGGGGACGUGGUCCGUUUCCUACGCUCGACCGGCCCGGAUAAGAAGCUUUACAUCGAUGGCAAAGCAGGCGGAGUGAAGCCGGUUCAAGUGGUAAGGCUAUUUGGAGUGAAUAUUUUGGAAGUGCCGGUGGGGUGGUGUGGGAAGAGAGACAGAGAAGGCCUGUCGGAAUUAGAAAGGACGAAGAAGCAAAGAAUGAUCAAAGCAUUGUAACACGUAAUUAAUUACAUUUUCUUUUUUCCUCAUUAAUUAAAAUUGUAAUUUUUGAAGAACAAGAACAACAAGUGUUCAAACGUUGGAAGCUAUGUUAAUUA